UGCCCAUUUUCAAAAACUCAAUCCAACUACUCACAACCACAUACUUUCCCCACAUCUUUGAUCUUUCAAACCGACUCUGAAAGAGUUGGAGCAAAUGGCCAUCUCAACGCUGUCACCCACUGCAUAUUUCAGCUCUUUCAGCCCCUCAAAUGACUCUCUCAUCUCAUCUUCACCCUUCAAACCCUUCAAACUCCCAACCUUGUGGCCAUGGCAGAAGGUAAAAAUGGGGCCACUGACUGUAUCUCCAAUGGGAUUUGGGACAUGGGCAUGGGGGAAUCAGCUUCUCUGGGGGUAUCAGGAAUCAAUGGACAGUGACCUUCAAAGGACUUUCAACCUAGCUGUGGAGAAUGGGAUCAACCUUUUUGAUACUGCUGAUUCCUAUGGCACUGGUAGGCUAAAUGGGCAAAGUGAAAAGCUUCUUGGGAAGUUCAUCCGUGAGUUUCAAGGGCAAAAGCAGAUACAGGAUAACAUUGUGAUUGCAACAAAGUUUGCAGCAUAUCCAUGGCGUCUCACACCUGGGCAGUUUGUGAAUGCGUGCAAGUCUUCCCUUGAUCGGAUGCAGCUUGAACAAAUUGGAAUAGGGCAACUGCAUUGGUCAACUGCAAACUAUGCUCCUUUGCAGGAGUUGGCUCUUUGGGAUGGUUUAGUAGCAAUGUAUGAGAAGGGUUUAGUUCGUGCAGUUGGGGUGAGCAAUUAUGGCCCAAAGCAGCUUGUAAAGAUACACGAUUACCUCAAAGCUCGAGGAGUCCCCCUAUGCUCAGCUCAGGUUCAAUUUUCUUUGCUAAGCAAGGGAGAAGAUCAGAUAGAGAUCAAGAACAUAUGUGGUUCUCUCGGUAUACGCUUGAUUUCUUAUAGUCCUCUGGGGCUUGGCAUGCUUACUGGGAAAUAUACACCUUCCAAACUUCCACGAGGACCUCGGGCCCUGCUAUUCAGGCAAAUUCUUCCAGGAUUGGAGCCUUUGUUGAAUUCACUAAGAGAAAUUGCACAAAAAAGGCGUAAAACUAUUCCACAAGUUGCCAUAAACUGGUGCAUCUGCCAAGGCACAAUUCCAAUACCUGGGGUUAAAACAGUAAAACAGGUGGAAGAAAACCUGGGAGCUCUUGGUUGGCGCCUUAGUUCUGACGAGUUGCUUCAGUUAGAAGAUGCGGCGCGGGAAUCUCCCGGGAAAAUGAUACAGAACAUUUUCCAGACAAGAUGAGAUUCUGAGGAGAGCUCAACCCGAAGACAUGGAAUGGAAAAGCAAGGAAAACAACAGGGGAAAUUAUUCUGAAAUGAUUUACAUGGUGUAAAAAAUUGUUUGAAAAUUGGCCAGUGUCUGGUAUCAUGGCAGAGGUAGACCAAUCUUGAAACAAUCCAAUCCACCUCCUGUUUCAACAA